AUGGCGGCAAGCUCCCUCAAUAAGAACAACUCUGCUGUCAAGCGCAUCAUGCAGGAGGCUCGAGAGCUAUCCAGUGACCCCUCGACAGACUAUGCUGCAGGACCUUUGGAAGAAUGGCACUGCACAUUACGGGGUCCUGCGGGUACAGAAUUUGAGGGUGGCCUCUAUCAUGUUCGCAUUCUAUUGCCCGCAGAAUAUCCCUUCCGCCCCCCAUCGCUAAUGAUUCUCACGCCCAACGGCCGCUUCGAAUUGAAUACCAAGAUAUGCAUAAGCUUCACCAACUACCACGAGGAGCUGUGGCAACCUGCCUGGGGUGUACGAACUGCAAUUUUGGGUCUUCAAGGUUUCUUCCCCCUGAAAGGUCAAGCUGCUGCAGGUGUCGGAUCUGUUGAAUACCCCGCCUCAGAAAGGAGGAGGUUAGCCGCACUAUCUCGGGACUGGGUGUGCCCGCACUGUCAGCAGUCAAAUCUCGACAUACUUCCUGACUCACCAGCCGGUCAAGAGAAUGGACCCAGCUACUCUAUUCCUCCUCCCGUAGAACCGGAGCUAGCAGCACUGCCAGAACAUAAUGAUGCUUCUCCUUCCGCGAACUCUGUAGGUCCUCGAUCAGAAGAAGCAGAAGACGAAGUUGCGCAAGAGACCUCUCUAUCAAUGACUGAAAGUAUUUCCUCACCUACUAUUCCCGAGCACGACGCAAAUGUCCUAUCCCCACAACCGCUGCGUCGGCCCCCCGUUUUAUUGGAUACUGCGAUAUGUUUCCUCCUUGUAUUGGUUUUUGCUUUGCUUUGUAGGAAGAUGAUAUAG